GCCCGCAGGUUUAUCCUCGGCGGGCUUAUCUCUCACAGGCAUUUCCUCGAGCAGCUGAUCUACACCUACAAGUACUGGUGCUCCCACCCCUCUGUGUUCGAUCUCGCGUUCCGGGUAUCUGUUAGGGCUGGGAAGUUCGACGAGGCCAAGGCUUUGUUCCGUCGGCUGACUUCUUAUGGGAUCGUCGUCUCAGCGGAUUCGUGCAACGUGCUCCUGUCCAAGCUUCAUCUUGACGGGAUGCUCGCUGUUUUCUUGGAGUUUCGCGAUUCGGGUCUUCGAUGGAAUGCCGCGUCGUAUAAUAUCGUGAUCCAUGCUCUGUCUGUGGUCGGAGAAGCCCGUGAAAUUUUGCAGCAGAUGGCGGUGAAAAAUAGCACUGAUUUUGAUGAUGUACCUGACCCUGAUGUAAUAAGUUACAGCACCCUGAUUGAUGGGUAUUGCCAAGCUGGGGAGCUUCACAGAGCUCUGCUUUUGUUCGAAGAAAUGUGCACGAGAGGUCUAAGGCCAAACCCUUUUGCUUAUAAUAGCGUAAUUUCUCUCCUUUGUAAGCAAGGGAAUUUAGUGCAGGCAGAGAAAUUGCUAGCGGAAAUGUUGGGUCGAGGUAUAGCUCCCGAUACUGCCUUGUACACAACAAUGCUGCAUAGUUUUUGCAGCAGAGGAAACCUGUCGACAGCUUAUCGCCUUUUCCGUGAUAUGAAGGGCAGGGGUCUGGAGCCGGAUUCUGUAACUUAUACUGCUCUGAUUUCUGGACUUUGCCAGAAUGGAAAAAUGCUCGAUGCUCAUAGAUUCUUCAAGGAGAUGUUGAGUAUGGGCUUGAGUCCUGAUGAAGUUACGUACACUUCGCUCAUCGAUGGCUUUUGCAAGUGUGGAAAGAUGCAGGAUGCUUUUAACCUUCACAAUGAAAUGGUACAGAAGGGUUUGACGCCGAAUGUUGUGACUUACACUGCUCUUUCGGAUGGGCUUUGUAAACAAGGGGAUGUCGAGGGUGCAAACGAGCUUUUGCAUGAGAUGUGUAGAAAGGGUUUGGAAUUAAAUGUUUGUACAUAUAAUUCACUAGUAAAUGGUCUUUGUAAGGUUGGUAACAUACAGCAGGCGAUAAAGACCAUGGAAGACAUGGAGGCGGCAGGGCUCGCUCCUGAUACAUACACUUAUACUACACUGAUGGACGCUUUUUGUAAGUCCGGUGAAAUUAGUCGAGCUCACAGUCUCCUUCGUGAGAUGCUUGAUAAAGGAAUCCAACCGAGUGUUGUGACUUUUAAUAUUUGAUGAAAUGGAUUCUGUGUUGGCAUGAGUGUUAUGACUAGAGGGGAAAGAGACCUUUUGGAGAUGGACUGUAGAGAAGAGUGUAGCAGCCUUAAUGCGACAACCUAUAAUUCUCUUAUGAAGCAGUAUUCUAUAAAUAAGGAUAUGAAAGCCACAACAGAUAUAUAUAGAGGAAUGUGCACGAACGGGGUGAUGCCAGAUGAGAAAACAUACAAUAUUUUGAUCACAGGGCACGCAAGGUCUAGAAAUAUGAAGGAGGCAUGCUAUUUUCACAAAGAGAUGGUGGAGAAGGGAUUUAGUCUCAGGCCUACUUCUUAUAAUGCCCUCAUCAAAGGGCUCUUUAAGAAGAAAAGAUUGAUAGAUGCAAAGAGUUUGUUCGAAGAGAUGAGGGCUAACGGGUUUUCUGCUGACAAGGAUAUAUACGACAUAUUCAUCGAUGUCAAUUUUAGUGAAGGGAAUAUUGAGAAGACUCUUAAGCUUUGUGAUGAAGCAAUAGAGAAAGAUCAUGGUGUUUAUGACACUGAUAAAACGUAAGCAGUAAGGAGAGAUGUCGAAAAAAUUUUGGUUGGCUUCUGCAGGAUGAGAUGAUUCCAGUUAGCAAGAUCAUGGCCUGUGGCUUACUGGUGAUGUUUGGAUCAAGGUUGGAGAUGAUGUUGAGCCCAGCACUAUUCCUGCGCCUGCAUUAUCGUUGCUGCAGAGUAGAGACUUCUACGCACUGCUCAUUGCCACUGACAACUAGAAUUGCAAAUGUUAUUGUAGAAACGUUGCCAAUAUUACAUAUGUUCAUUAAUUGAUGAUGGGAUGAGGGUUGUUGGAGUCAUCAUUUGGCUCACUGAGGCAUUCCCGUGCUUACCUGUUUAUUAUUUACAAUUUGAAAUAUGACACCAUGAUUUGUUGUGGAAUUUUGGUGCUCACAGGUCUGAUUUCUUAGCAUAUUCAAUUCAUUAGUUUAGUGUUUGGGCAAGUUCAAGCAAAGCAAUUGAUGUGAUACUGAAGCUAUUAGAUUCACAAUUUUUUUUUUCUUUUUUUUUUAAAUUGUAUACUAUGGGUGAAGCAGCAGGCGGAAUUCAGUAGAGAUGUCCGCUGUGACUUAUCCUCUUGCUGGUUAUAAUUUAUUAUAAUAAUGUUAAUUAUACAUUUA